AUGACUACCUCUAAUAAUGAUUUCUAUUUUGGUUUGCUUAGAAUAUCUGUGAUACAAAUGCUAAAGGCUCAAGGGUUUGAUCGAAGUAAAUCUUCAACUGUGGAUACAUUGAGUGAUUUAUACAUUAAAUUUCUUCGUCUAUUAGUUCUCGAAGUGACAAAAUUAGCUCAUGCAAGAGCGGAUGUAGAUGAUACAAUUGCAUUGCAAGAUAUUUCACAAGCAUUUACUAAUUUAGGCCUAAUAAAACCAAAUGAUCUAUUAGAUGUUUAUGAUGAAAACCCCGAAGCUCCUGGAGAUUCAGGUGCCAGAGCAUUAAAAAAGUGGUGUUUGAACAGUAUUCAAUUGAGUAAUUCAAGAAAAGUAGCAUUGCCAAAUAUAGAUAUGCUUAGAAUGUUAAAUGAGAACCCCAAGAUAAAUCAACAACCCACUACAACUACUACAUCUAAUUCCAAAACUUCCACAAAUCAAUUAGUAAAUGAGAAUAAUAGCAGUGCCAGUGCUACUACUGAUGGCCUUUUACCGAUAAAUCAUACUCAACCACAGAAACAAAUAUUCGCAAUACCUGAUUAUAUGAACCCUGCACAACAAAAUCAACAAGAAGAGUUAGAAAAAGAAAAAGAAGAAGAAAAUAAUUUGAUUGAAGAACUAAUAAAUAAUGGUGAUACAGAUGAUUGGAUACGGUUACUAAUAGUAAGACAAAAAUUGAAAAUAUACAAUAGAAGGCGUAAAAUUGAAACAGAAAAUUCAACUUCCACUACGCAUACUCAUAGCUCGAAGGUAGCAAACACAGACAUACCAGUUAUUCCUGAUAUUAAAUCACUACCAAAUAUUGCAGGUCUAAAAUAUUCCAUUCUUUAUAACACAUUACUAUCUAACUCUCCUGAAAUUUCAAGAGGUUCAUCAUUAGAAGGAGAAUUGAAGUCACAUAACGAAAUAUUACCCAUAAUAGAAGAAAGAGACAUAGCGUCUCCCGAUAAUAUUAGUACUAGUGUCGCUGUAGAUACAGAUCAUGGUCCUAUAUCGGACGAUGCUGCCUCUAUAAUGCAACGAGUCUCACUUUUAACCAAAUUACUUCCUAUAAUGAAACCAGAUACAAAAUUAGAUAACAUAUCAUUAUCAUAUGAAAACUCAGAUUUUGAUAAUGUAGACCAGGAUAAUAAUCAUGCAUCUGAAAAGGGAAAUGAUGACAUUAGUACAUUUGAACAUGAAGAUGAUAAUAUGGAUGGGGAUAAUAACAUGCAAUUAGGAAGUACAACAAAUAAUAUUAAUUUUGACGAAUUUGGUGACAUGGACAAUACAUUCCAAAGAAGAGCAUCGUUGGAUUAUGGUAGUUCAUCAAUAUUCUAA